CAAGGGGACGUGGUUUGCCACCUGGUUCUCGCUGGUCAAACAUUUUUUUUUUAAACGAGUUUGUUCACCACUUGAAAUGACAAUUACACCCCCGAGAUAGUAUAACGCACCUCGAGUCAGAAGAAGCUGCAUAUAUCUUCUCCAGUCUUCGAAAGCGACGACGACGGAAAACGAUCAAACACUCCGGCGAUCAUAUCAGAAUGAGUAACGCGCUGCUCGACAUCGAUCCUAUCGAUCUUCAAUUCCCUUUUGAAUUGAAGAAACAGAUCUCUUGCUCUCUCUAUUUAGCUAACAAAACCGACGAUUACGUCGCCUUCAAGGUUAAAACGACGAAUCCGAAGAAGUAUUGUGUGAGGCCUAACACUGGCGUUGUGCUUCCGAGAUCCUCUUCUGAGGUUCUAGUGACGAUGCAAGCGCAGAAGGAAGCUCCUGCUGAUAUGCAGUGCAAGGAUAAGUUCUUGCUUCAGUGUGUUGUGGCUAGUCCUGGAGUCACUGCCAAGGAUGUUACUCCUGAGAUGUUUAGUAAAGAGGCAGGGCAUAGAGUUGAGGAGACUAAGUUGAGAGUUGUCUACGUUGAUCCACCACGACCACCGUCACCGGUGCGUGAAGGGUCAGAAGAGGGCUCUUCGCCAAGAGCUUCCGUUUCUGACAAUGGGGCUUCUGAUUUUACUGCUGCUCCAAGAUUUAGCGUGGACAGGCUUGAACCUCAGGAAAACUCAACUGAGGCGAGAGCUCUCAUCACAAGGCUCACGGAGGAAAAGAACUCUGCGAUUCAACUGAACAACAGACUUCAACAAGAAUUGGAGAAGUUGAAGCGUGAAAGCAAGAGAAGUCAGAGUGGUGGUGGGAUACCGUUCAUGUACGUUCUUCUGGUGGGACUAAUCGGCUUAAUCUUGGGAUACAUUAUGAAGAGGACAUGAUCUCGUUUGAAAAAUACAAAGUAUUCGACAAGUCUCAAAAGUGGCUUCAGCAAGAACCCAAAAGACAUGGAAAGUAAAAAAAAAAAAAAAACAGUGUUGUGUUAGGACAUUGAAUCUUGUCUCUCUUAUCUUAUCGUCGUCUAUUUACCUUUGGUUUAAAUCUUAAAAUUAGUGCGUUAGAGGAUUGUAUUACGGUUUUCAUAAGAACUUAGACUUCUCAUCCCCUCUUUUUCAACUUUUGUAAUCCAAAAGACAUUUGUUA